AUGCUAGGGCAUACUCCGGAUCUUCGAAAAGCGUGGGAGACAGCAGCUAAAGUGCCGGGCGCUUUAGUCGUGGACGCGAAGUCAGUCUACGACGCAGCUUCGAAGGGUGAUACCGCUUCAUCCUUGUUCUCCAUGAAAGAGAAGUAUGCAGCCCUUGAGCUCAUGGCUGUUGUUGAGUCCAUCGGCUUGAUGAACACGUCGUUGUUGUGGGUUUCUUCGGAGGCUCAGCUAGCCGACGGCCUUACCAAGUCUCAAGCUCAAGACUACAUCCGGGGAUUCCUUCAGGGUCUUCAAAUGUGGACGGUCAAGUAUGAUCCAGACUUCGUAGCAGCUAAGAAGAAGAAGGAGAAGAAGAAGAGGCUAGAGCAUCGUGAAGAUGCCAGUGCAGCUUCAUGUACAGCCGUACUCACCGCUGCCUCCGAAAGAGACUUUUGGGGCAUGUGA